AUGGAGUAAUCAGCAAAGCUAAACAGCAGCAAAUUUGCACUUUAGCUACCAGACAUUGAAUCAUCUCUGCAGAACCCUACUAUUUUAAUAUACUCUGGUGUUUUCUGUCCAUUUAAUAAUAAGCACCUUAUCAAUUUAGACAUUGCUAGAAAAUAACUUAAAAUUUAAAAUGAGUUUAAUGUGAUUUGUGCAAUUUUGAUACCUUUGCAUGAUCUACAAAUUAGGAAAAAAAACAAUGGAAUGCCUCUUCUUCCAAAUAAGCAGAGAAAGGAUUUGAUACAAGCAGCUAUUGAACUUAGAGAAAGUGUCUUAGACUUGCCUAUUUUAAGCUUCGAUAAGCUAAUUGAAUCGAAAGACAAUUAGAGUUUAGGUUAGAUUACUGUUGAAAUCUUGAAGUAGAUCAAGGAUAAAUAUGGUGAUUAGGAAAUUCAAGUUAUUACAAUAAUGAGUAUUAAUAAACUUAACUAAGCUGUAGCAAUGUCUGAUUAUAUAAGAAAUCCCUAUUAAAGAAUAGGUUUAAUAAUGGAUUAAGAAGUUUAAGUAAAAGAAUUUGAGGGAUUGGAAGAUUAGAUCUUAGAUAAUCCAUUGCUAAGCAAAACAUUAUUAGUUUUAAAAUCUGAUUACAACCAAGCAAUUACCAUUAAGAAUUCUCCAUCAAAAGAAGUUCGAGAUUUAAUAAAUGCUCAAAAUUUCUAGUAACUAGAUAAUGCGUUGUCUUAAGAUCUCAUUAAAUUUAUUAUUGAUAACAAGAUAAUUUUCAAAAUAUGUAAAACAAAAAAUCAGGUUAUUUAAAACAAAGAGGAAGUCUUGAAAGAUAUCGAUAGAAAUAAAGUAAAAAUUAUAGAAUACAGUUAACUGAAGUAGAUAAGAUUUUGGCCAGUUAUCUUAGGCAAGGGAGUUUAAGGUGUAGUUGAAUAAAUGAAUUUGACAUUAAAUAAUGAUGAAGUGACACCUGUAGCAGUAAAAAAGAUUAAAUUAAACCAGCAAAGAUCUAGGAGACUUGACACUUUCGUUAGAGAGGUCAGAGCUCUUUCUGCAAUUCAGCAUAAAAACUGUGUGUAGAUGUUUGGAGUUGGACAUCACGAAGAUAUUGUAUUUACUGUAAUGGAAUUGUGCGAAAACGGCUAGAGUGGAUGGGACUUCACCAGAACUAAUCAUCAUUUAUUUCAAGAAUAAUUUGAUGUAAAGAUUAUUUUAGGCUUUGCUUAUCUUGCAGAAGCUUCUGCUUAAAUGGCCAAAAGCGGCAUACUCCACAGAGAUUUUACGUUGGACAAUAUAUUAGUCUUUCCCUCAGAUGAAUAUCCCUUAUUCAAGAUAUGUGAUUUCGGUGUAAGUGCAACUGAGGCAGAUAAGCAUCUAUUGCCAAGAGGAAAGACAAGAAAUUACAGUCCAGAGGCAAUUAUUGAUAAGAAUAAUUAUGUUCCAAGAAGUGAUGUCUACAUGUUUGGGCUGAUUAUGUACGAGAUGUUUCAUAAUGAACUGGUUUGGAAUUAAUUCAAUACUAGUGAUGCUAAUGAGCAAGUUUUCUUAGGAAAAUUGCCUGAAUGGAAAGUAGAUUUUGUGCCAGAGCCAUUAGUGGAGAUUAUUUAUGAAUGUAUUGCAUUUGACAUUAAUUAGAGAUUGGAUUUUGAAGUUGCGUCUUAGAAAUUAUUUGAAGUUUAUAAUUAGCUUAUAAAAGAAAAUCAUUGA